CUCGAGCAGACAGCCAGUCGCUCGCCGUACGUUUCACGACGUGGCUCGAAAGUGCUGCCUGGAUCGAGAGAUCAGCGACGACGAUGAUGUGACGCUACCUCCUGGACAACGUCGCCAGUCCACGUUGAGACCAGCCGGCAAUAGACACUUGACACUUGGCGAUCAUCGCGCCAAUCGUGUUCGAUCGUCGUUCGCCGGAAUCCACAGGUAUCUCGGGCAGCAUUGCGAAGGUUCGACUGUUGGUUUUCGCGCGACGUGUUGCAGGACCUAAAUCUGGAUGAUCGUUUCGUGAAUCGAUCGGGAUUUCGAAAGAUGUUGUAGGAUCCCUCAGAGAUUUCAUCGUGUGUCGUGCGCGUUUGUGCCGAGUAGAGUGAUCCCGAGAACGAAUAUUAAGACUGGACUAUAUAGAUCGGAAUCGACUGGUCUCUGAACGGUGAUUCGAUCAAGGACCCGAAAAUUGUUCGUCGAUCGGUGACACGCUUUUACGGUGACCAGCGUGCGUGCACGCGUUUCACCGUCAGGACUGAGUUUCGAUAGUUCCGCGAAGGACCGAAUUUCCUGGCAGGAAAUUUCACGUCGAUCGAACGUGAGCCAACGACGGGGCGAAAUUAGCCGGAAGUAUCCGGUGGAUCGGAUUAACCGUGGUGUCGUCGUUCGUUCGGACCUAAACUGCAGUUACCGCUUAAUUGAAAAGGGAUCAAAGAACGGCGGUGAAUUAAUCGUGAGAGGGAGGAUAUAAAAAGAAGAGAGCAAAACUGUGAAGAGAAGAAGUUAGAGAGUGCGAUCGAGCAUACGUAAACAGAGUCUACGAGAAAGAUCGAGGAAACGUUUCCUGAAAGAGAACCAAGGAAGGAGCACAAGUGCCGUUUCUAUGGGGAAUUUAAUAAGCUUCUGCCGGUAGAAUGCCGUCCCGCAGAUCGGUUACGACGUCGCCGGGGUUUCCGAUGCCGUCGCAAAAUAUCUCAGCCAAUCCGCCGACGUUGAAUGACGUAGCUUAACGUGGCUUCUUGUGUGUAUAUCACCGUCGCAUGACGCGGAUAAUCCAAACAGACUGAAGAAGAAGAGGUCUUCCCUCGUCGCGUGGUUAGGUUGUUGCAUCCCCACUUUCUCGCGUUUUUUCCAUUCCCCGAACAUAUCCUCACUCUUGCUCUCGAAAAGUCCGCUCGAUUUUAGCGAUCACGAGAAGCGCUUCGCCAUGUACGCGUGACAUCAUGUCGACGACGUCUGUGCGUGACACGUCGUUGGGUGGUGACUACGUCGAAAGUGACGGUAUACUUGCGUCGAGGGGUGUCGAUGGAUCGGGUACACUCCGAUAUGCCGAGUCCAGGACAACGCGGACGCGGAACCCCAUAGACCACCGCGCGACGUCGCGAUUCGAUGGAUCGAUCGCGCGCAAGAUCCGCCGCGAUCUGGGAGCGUCCCGUCGCGGAUAAUCGUCGAUCGUCGUCGCGCGACCGCCGGGAUGGACGAAAUCCUGGAAGAAGAAUUCAACUGAUACGCGUCUAAGCCAGGGGAUCUUAGAAACUGGGUGACCGGCCAAAGGGCCGAUUAGAAACAGAACCUCUCUUCUUGCUCAACAAAGAGGAUCAAGAAGCCUUAUCGUACUUGCUAUCCAAUUGACAAAAAGGAUCAGAAAAGAGGAGCAGAGAUAGAGACGGAAAGCGGAAAAGGUCGCGGAACACUUAAACGUAGCCGAGAGUACAUAAGUCGAGAUGUCGAGCGCAGGUAGAAAGAUGGAAUUCCAGGCGAGACGCUCGAAAAUCUCGUGAUCGGUGUUAGCGCCUGGCCGAGGAGAUAAGGAGGCGAUCGACCGAUGAUGGAGGCGAGAACAAACGGUUCGUUCGUUAGGUCGAUCUUCCGGAACCUAACCUCUCGCGAGCACCGAGCCUCGAACGAGGCAUCCGAAAGCGAAGAAGCGGAUCCCAACAACGUUAUCAAUGUGGUCAACGCAAUCGUGCGGGAGGAAAAGAUGGCGGACCUUCUGGAUGACGCUCUUUCGAAUAAUAAUAGCGACGUUAUUGACGGCAGCAUCGAGUCGAGCUGGUUCAACGACUCGACGACCGCCGUCUCGACCGUGUCGGAUUCCUCCUCCUCUUCCUUUCUCGCGGAAUCCUCAUCCUCGUAUUCUACCCCGAGCGUGGACAAUUACACCGGCAGCGUGUCCGAUCUCUUUGUCUUUGACGAUUUGAACGACUACAUCAACCGGCUCAACUACAGCGUCUUCGUGAACCUGACGGCCUAUUACGGCGACGGGCUGAACCUGAGCAGUGUGAACUGCACGUCGUCGAUAAUCGCCGGAAAUGCUGUCAGGGGUGAGUGCGAUACGACCGGCGUCGACGAAAAGUCGAACAGUUGGUGGGCCCUGAUACUCGUGAUCGUGCCGUGUUUAACGCUCUUCGGUAACGUGCUCGUUAUCCUGGCGGUAGUGAGGGAGCGGGCCCUGCAGACUGUCACCAACUACUUCAUCGUCAGCCUGGCGGUCGCCGAUUUACUCGUGGCGGUGCUCGUUAUGCCGUUCGCGGUCUACGUACUGGUGAACGGAUCCUGGAGUUUACCUGGGUUUGUUUGUGAUUUUUAUAUCGCAAUGGAUGUAACCUGCAGCACGAGCUCUAUAUUCAAUCUCGUGGCUAUUUCGAUAGACAGAUACAUAGCGGUGACCCAGCCGAUAAAGUACGCGAAGCACAAGAACAAUAGAAGAGUAUGGUUGACGAUACUGUUGGUCUGGGCGAUAUCGGCCGCGAUCGGUAGCCCAAUUGUCCUAGGCCUGAAUAACACCCCCAAUCGGAUACCGGACCAAUGUCUGUUCUACAAUACGGAUUUUAUCAUCUACUCGAGCCUGUCCAGCUUCUACAUACCCUGCAUCAUCAUGGUAUUUCUCUACUAUAAUAUAUUCAAGGCUCUGCGAAAUAGAGCGAGAAGAGCACGUGCUAGCAAGAAACCGAAUUUAGGCGAUAUAAAACCGGGGAGUAUUAUUGAAAAUAUCGCGCACACGCGUAGUGGAUAUUCUGUGGCAAGGUUUGCGGAAACGGCGCUGGGGGCGGCCGCCCUGGUGGCUCCUGGGAUCGAGGAACCCACGAACACCGCUUCCGGCAGCAACGAGGACGAAGACGAGACGCCUCUCGAUCCCGUCGUCGUCAUCUCCAACGACAAGAGCACGGAAUUCUUUUUAGCCACGGUCGUCGAAGAAGCAGCUUGUCGUUUCAGCGCGGUGGCGCAGGCUCAGCUGACCGGGACACCUAGUGUGCAGUCUGUGCAGCGGAACGACUCCAGCAACUAUGACGGUGCAGCGAGCAGCACGAUGACCCACGAGCCGCUGGAGACGAACUCCAGUCCGAGCCCGAAUCCGCGAAUCACCUCGGGUCCACCGUCCUCGUCGACCUCGUCAUCGCCACCCCCGGCACGAGGUGCGACCAGCGUUUCCUCGCAAACGAAGAAGAACGGCAACAACGGUGGCGCGAACAAACAGGAACUGAAGCGGCUAAAAAGCGCCGGCUCGCUUUUGCCGCUGCAGCUCGCCAGGACGCCCAGCGUGCUGUCAUCCUCCGGCAAGAAGGACCGGAAGAACGCGUCGUCCGGGUCAAGGUUCACGAUAUACAAGGCCAACAAGGCCAGUAAGAAGAAGAGAGAGAAAAGCUCGGCCAAGAAGGAACGCAAGGCCACGAAGACAUUGGCGAUCGUGUUAGGUGUCUUUCUAAUAUGCUGGGUACCCUUCUUCACUUGCAACAUCAUGGAUGCAAUUUGUACGAAGCUGACGAAGGCAUGUCAGCCUGGUGUCACAGCCUUCAUCGUCACUUCCUGGUUGGGCUAUAUGAACAGCUUUGUGAAUCCUGUAAUAUACACUGUGUUCAACCCCGAAUUCCGUAAGGCCUUCCGCAAGCUGAUCUGCGUGUAAAUGAGCGAUUCGCACCUCUUAAAGGAGAGGAUCCGGAACAACAAAUGUGACUAGGUGUGAGUCGUCGUAUUUGUGAUGUAACGAGACUGUAAGCUUUCUCGACAAACUCGCAACAGGUACUGUUGUUCUUGUAUUUGGAACUGUAGCAGCUGCGUUUGCAUAUCGAUUUUCGCAUUCAGUUGCGCGUCGAUCGUUUCCAAGUGAAAGAGGAAAGCUAAGUAUUUCACGGAACUUUCCUGAAAUUUGGAAAAUAUAUUAUCCACUGCUCAAAAAAAAAUUAACGAAUUAUUUUCGACAAGCGUCAUGUGACUUAAUUAAAUUAAAAUAAUUUAUAAAGAUUAGAAAUAUAAU